UCGAAAUUACGAGAAAAACAUUUUGCCAUCGUUUCGAUAAGUUUUAAGUGAUAGAGUUUGGCGAAUAUGGCACCUAACGCAACAACAUCGGAGUGCACUGGUGUAUUGAAUGAAUACGAUGCCGAAACAAUUGAUGGUGGCCUCGUGAAAGACAACACACCGUUAACACGGUCCAAUCCUCGCCAGUAUCAAUUAGUUUGGCGAAACAUUGCUGCGUUCAGUUUCCUCCACCUGUCCGCAAUUUAUGGAUCCUAUCUGCUAUUUACUUCGGCCAGAGUCUACACCAUCGUAUUCGCAAUGGUUUUGUACUGCAUUUCCGUUUUGGGCAUAACGGCUGGCGCGCAUCGACUGUGGGCCCAUCGAUCGUACAAGGCGAAACUGCCACUCCGCGUAUUGUUGACCGUGUUCAAUACGAUAGCGUUUCAGGACUGUGCAAUACACUGGGCCCGAGACCAUCGAGUCCAUCAUAAGUUUUCGGAAACCGAUGCCGAUCCGCACAACGCAAAACGGGGAUUCUUUUUCUCACACGUCGGAUGGCUAUUGUGCAAAAAACAUCCCGAUGUGAUUGAGAAGGGAAAGAGUUUGGACAUCUCGGAUUUGCUGGCCGAUCCGGUGUUGGUCUUUCAACGGAAGCAUUACAUGAUUCUGAUGCCAUUGGCCUGUUUCAUCCUACCAACGCUCGCACCGAUCUACAUCUGGAACGAAACGUUUUUGAAUGCAUUCUUCGUGGCCACAAUGUUCCGUUGGACAAUCAUUCUAAAUGUAACGUGGCUCGUCAAUAGUGCCGCCCAUAAAUGGGGCGACAAACCGUACGAUGUGAGUAUUAAUCCGGUGGAAACUGCUACAGUAGCACUGUUCGCUUUUGGUGAAGGGUGGCACAACUAUCAUCACGUAUUUCCGUGGGAUUAUAAAACGGCCGAAUUGGGCAACUAUCGGGCCAAUUAUACGACAGCAUUCAUCGAUUUCUUUGCGAAGAUUGGAUGGGCCUACGAAUUGAAAACUGUUUCCGAUGCCAUCAUCAAAAGACGAGUUGAACGUACUGGCGAUGGAUCUCACGCUACGUGGGGAUGGGGUGACAAAGAUCAGGACAGAAACGAAGUGAAGUAUGCAACCAUUACUCAUCGGAAAAGGACAUAGCCACACGUUUGGCAUUGUAAUUAGUAUUUAAGUCUGACGAAAAGACGUUUGGGUUACGAUCUCAGGAGGUUGUCAUCAGAGACAUAGAGAAUUUAAUGCAAAUCCGAGACUAGGUUACUUUGACCACAAGAAAGAAAAUAGUUGAAUU